AUGAAAAUCCGUGAUCAAGAAAUGGUAAACAACACAAACGCCGAGAAAGAAAAUGACAGCCUAGGUUCUUUCCCACACCUGAACAUCAAAGAUGAAGAUCUAUUCUCUCAUAUCGUUGGUCUGGAAACUGGCGAAGCACUCCUGUUCUGUCCAAGUGCACUAGUCGACCUUCGUGCCCCUAGAGUAUCGAACUCUAAAUCAUUGCUGAUUCAGCUUGGAAGCAGCACAAUGAAAGUACGCAUCAGAAAGAGGAUUACCGCAGACGGCGGUCAGAGCAUGGCGUCGUCUAGGCGCACAGGACCUGUGUGCUCGGGGCACAGACCCCCUGUCAGCAGGCUAGGGGCACAGCCCCCUGACUAA